CGUUCGAUUCACGCUUUUGUUUCUCCAAUUUUAGAUUGCUUGAUCUAGCCGAAUCUAAAUUGCCCCUUUCUCAGAUUACAUUCCCCAGCUGUUCGAUUUUUCCGAUUCACCCUCCCUCUCUAAUCUUCAUUCUCCAAUCUCUGUUGGAUUUUGCACUUUUGUCCUUGCAAAUUUGUGCGAAAUAUGCGUUGAUUUUUUAUUCUCCUAUUCUCUUUUCGACUUCUCUCCAUAAAGGUGAUGGCUUCUAGGGGUGCGAACAUGGUGCUAUCGAGGGCCAAUAGGAUAAAGACGAAGUUACAGUCAGCGCUGGAAGCCACGGUUUUGGAGGUAGAAGACGUGUCGUACCAGCACGCGGGUCACGCUGCCAUGAAAGGAACCUCUGGGGAAGAAACCCAUUUCAACCUGAAGAUCGUCUCUCCCAAAUUCGAUGGCCAGAGUCUCGUGAAACGGCAUCGUAUGGUCUACGACUUGCUCGCCGAUGAGCUUCAAUCUGGAUUGCACGCCCUCUCUAUCGUGGCCAAGACACCUCAGGAAACCUCUGCCAAAUGAAGCGAGUGAAUGGCUUAUGGCUGAUUUCUUCCUUCUGGUAGAGGAUACUCUAUUGUUCCAAACUUUCAAUUGUAAACGAAAUAAAUGCAUUGAACUUAUUGUAUGGAAUUAAUUAAUGAAUAUUUCCUCCAUUCUAAA